UAGGGACUGCUGGUGACCUUAAUAGAGAAUUUUCGCUGAGGUUUUGGGAGGAGGUGUUUGCCAAGGAAAGGGAGCAGAGCCCAGGGGAGCCGCCAACCUGCCAGCCAAGCAGGGGGCUCUCUCCCGUGUGAGGCCGGUCCCAAGAGGCCUUGCGGCCGUGACUCAGAGCCUAUAUCUCUGACGCGCUCCUCCGUCGCCCCGAACGAGGUUGGUGUGUGAGUCGGCUUCACGCUUUGUCGAGAGAGCGAGUGGCAGCAGGGCGGCCGGGGAGGCUGACUAGGCCGCAGCCGCCAUGGCCGUAGAUUCCAGCGACCCCAGGAGCGGCUUCCGCCACAACGAGGUGGUGGUGUUCAUCAACGAAGAGGUGCUCAGUAACGGCGGCGGUCCCGACUUCUACCUGACCUUUUGCUCGAAGCCCUGGAACGAGAUCGAGGACGAGCUGCUGUCCGUCGUGGCCGACCCUCAGGUGCCGCGCGCCCUCAAGAGGGCCUACUUCUGGAGCGCGCUGGCCUUGAGCGUGCGCGCGGCCGCGAGGCAGCAGGAGCAUCAGGCCCACCGCGUGCGGCGGCUGCAGGAGCAGCUGCAAGCGCGAGAGACCACCACUUGGGCUCUGGCCUCCCAGCUGCAGCGGCUGCGCCAGGAGCAUGAGCAGGUGGUCUCGCAGUUGCAAGGCAUGCAGCACGACCUGCAGCGGGUGCUGGACGAGCGCGAGGCGCUGCGUGGCCAGCUGCUCCAGGCCCAGAGGCAGCCCCAGCAGGCCGGGUCUCGAGCACAGUGGCGGGCGACCGACGUGUGGCCCCUGAAUGCAGUGGAGCACAACGAGGUGCUGGCCGCCACCGGGUCGCAGCGGGAUGUGGAGAGCCAGAGAGAGGAGGCCCAGAUGGCCUCCGCGACAACAGGUGUGCUGUACGGGUCAGGACCGCCGCCAACGCCGAGUCCCUGGGCCCAGGUUGUUCAACCCUCUCUGCCAGUGCCGUUCCCCAUGCCAUUCCAGGUGGCGUUCCCCUACCCACCACCUCCCCAACCCAGAGUAGUGGCAGAAGCAGCAGCCGGAGCAGCAUUCCCACCCCAGAUGCCUACUGGGGCCACCUACCCACCUGGCACGGGGCCUCUGUUGGGGUCCCAGGAGGGGAUGGUCCCGCGGUGGGACCAGAGGAGCCAAGGCCAAGAGGAAGGUCCUGCAAGGCCCCCCUUUGGUGUAAACCCCUCAGGGCACAGCUGGAGCCAGGGAGAGGAGAUGAAGCAACAGCCGCAGGGAGAGAUGCCCAGGCAACCAAAUGCUCCAGGAACUUUGUAUGAAGCUGAAGAAACUCCAGCUCCCAGUGCGGAAUGAAUCCUCACAAAAUACCCUCUGGCUCUCAGCAGGCUUCACCUCAGUGAGACCUCAACUGUCUGGAGCUAGUAGAAGUGUGAAGAAAUCAAGGAAAAGGAGACAUUCUGGCACACAUCCUGAAACAGGGGAAAGUAGACAGAUUUUGUUGGAAUUUGAUCCUUCUGUUAGGGAAAAGGGAUUGACAGCAGAUUUCAAAGGGUGGAUGGGAGGGUAGUAUUAAAUGUUAGAGGUUAUAGCAAGUUUGUUGAAUUUCGUUCAUUAAUUCAUUGAACAAAUAGUUAUUGAUUGCCCAGUAUGUGUUAGGAACUACAGUUAUAUGUUAUUAUCUGGUGCAUACAUUAUAGCCCAAUUGGAUGAGUUUGGUUAGAUGACAGAAGAACCUAAUUUGGGAUACAGUGUACACCAGGGGUGUCUUUGCUUAGCAAGUAGUAUGGCUUUCGGGUGAACCCAAUUGAAAUAACAUCAAGACCCAUUUCUGUGAUUCUGGAGGCACCUUCAUGCUUGAAUGACUGAACUGCUCAGCACAGCAGUCCCAACGGAGACAAACAGGCAGUGGCAAAGAUGGGGGAAAAUCGCCUCACAAGAGUCAGGCGGGACUUUUCUGAGACUCCUGCUGAUUUCCUCCCUUGAAAAGGACUGCUAUUUUCCUGGUUGUCUGAAAGGCCACUGGGUUGUCUUGAAGAAGGAGAGUGUUGGCUACACACUCGAGCCCUCAGCUUUGGACCACCACCAUCCCAAGCUCCUUUCCAGUCAAGAUGGAUGAAGAACAAAAUGGAUUCCAAGGGCGAACACCAUGUUGUGGAUGGUGCUUCUCUUGGGAAGACUAACUGGAUUAAAAAGAGAACUGGACUGAGAGAAGCCCUUUUGGGAAUGCCCCGGGCCCCUUCUCUCCCAUUUGGUGUGUUCUCUGCAGGCUCUCUGCUCCCCCGAGACAGGUGGAGCCCAGGGGCUGGGAAGUUAGAUGGUCUCCAGUCUGAAUGAAAGGUGUUCUCAAGUUCCCCCAUGAAAUCCCAGCUCACCAAGCUCAGCCUCUGUCAGAGGUUUCCUGAUUCUAGUAAUAAAGAGU